UGAUUCCUCGUGUUUGAUUCGUUGUUAGUGUCUCGCCGAGUCCCAACCUCGAUUGAGCUUGCCCGCGUAUUCGCGGAGUACAUACAUACGUGCGCGACGAGUGCCACGUGUACAUACCCACCGUCUAGUGUGUUUAUCGUGGCCCUCGCCGGCCCCUCGCUCGAUCACGAUCACCAGUGGCCGCUAAUGUGUCGCCGGUAAGGUGCCCGGUCCCGUUGAGUCUCCGCGCAGCGUAUCAAAUCUCUGGUUCACGAUGAGAUACAAACUCCACGUCGCACUGAUCCUUCUUUCCGUUUUAAGCUAUGUCGUCUGUCAAUACAGAACGAAAAACAAUCAAGGCACCUCUUUGGCAGAGCGCGUGCAGCAACUGACUGAGAUGGCUAUGAAGAAAUCGGUACUGAAAUUCAAUGGUUCGAAAUUUAAACAGUACAUUAAAGCUCCUCCGAGGAAUUAUUCUGUUAUAGUUAUGUUUACCGCCAUGGCGCCUCAAAGGCAAUGUCAGAUUUGCAGGCAUGCCAACGACGAAUUUACAAUAGUGGCUAAUUCCUUCCGAUAUUCCCCAUUGUACUCUAACAAGUUGUUCUUCGCUUCUAUCGAUUUUGACGAAGGAUCCGACGUUUUUCGGUUGAUGAAGUUGAAUACUGCGCCAGUAUAUAUGCAUUUUCCACCCAAAGGUAAACCAAAAGCUGCCGAUACUAUGGAUAUCCAGCGAGUAGGAUUUGGUGCGGAAGCAAUAGCGAAAUGGAUUGGUGAACGCACAGAUAUUCAGAUCAGAGUAUUUAGACCACCAAAUUAUUCUGGUACAGUAGGAUUAGGCAUGCUCAUAGUUAUUGUAGGAGGUGGUCUGUAUCUCAGACGUAACAACUUAGAUUUCAUUUACAACAAAAAUCUGUGGGGAUUCUGCGCUUUGUUCUUCGCCAUAAAUAUGACUUCUGGACAAAUGUGGAAUCAUAUCAGAGGACCACCUUUUUUUCAUAAAUCACCAAAUGGCAAUGUAGCUUAUAUUCAUGGAUCUUCUCAAGGACAGUUUAUAGUGGAAACCUAUAUUGUUAUGGUCAUGAAUGGAGCAGUGGUAUUAGGAAUGAUUUUAAUGACUGAAGCUGCAGCUCGUAAAGGAGACAUUAAGAAGCGCAAAAUACUAGCUGUGAUAGGUGCGGGAUUAGUCGCAAUUUUCUUUAGUCUUCUUCUAUCAAUAUUUAGAAACAAAGCUCAAGGCUAUCCAUAUAGUUUACUGUUCAAGUAAUUAAAUAGGUGUAGAAAAAACAUCUUCAUGAGUUCUUCAUUUGAGUAAAAAAUAUUUGGCAGUUUGAUAUAAAACUAGGAUUUUUUUUACAAAUGAAGAGUAAAGAGUUAU